CCCCGCCGGCCCAUGGCUGGGCGCCCCGGGCCCGGACCCCCGCACUCGGGCCGCGCGGCGCACGGGCCGGCGGGCGCCAGGGGUGCCGUCCCCGCAGCCUGAGCGCAGCCCUCGAGGCGAGCGGGGGGGGGGGGGCGUGGGCCCACCCCGGGCGCGCCCGCUCUCCCCGCCUCGCCCCGCGACCGCCCGACCGCGCGUCCCUGCCCGCGGCGCGCUGGAUGCGGCGGGGCCCCGGCGGGCGGCGCGGCGGCCACGGCCCCGGGCGACAUGUACCUGCUGGACGGCAGCGGCGAGCCCGCGUCUCCGCCCGCGGACACGAUGCCGCGCGGGACGCCCCCCCGGAAGACCGUCUACCGCAUCUCCGUGACCAUGGUCAGGAAGGACCAGCUGGCCGCGCCGGGCCCCGGCGGCCCCGACCCGCGCCCCGCUCGGAGGCCCCGGCCCGCGCGCUCCCCGGACGCGCCCGGGCGGCUGGUGGAGGAGGCCGAGGAGGAGGCGGCGGCGGCGGCGGCGGCGGGCGCUGAGGACCCCGAGGAACGCCGGCCGCGCGCCUGGGACUUCCGCACCUUCCGCACCCGCAGCACCGGGCAGCUGGAGCUCGGGCGGCUCCGGCCUUGCGCACGCGGCCCCGAGCCCGCGGACCUGGCCGGCAGCCCCCCGGCAGUGGAGGAGGGGCCCGGCUCGCCCGCGCCCGGCAGCCCCGACGUGGAGGGGGUCCGAGCCGCGCCCCUGCGGCGGAGCCUCAGCUUCAGGCACUGGAGCGGGCCCGAGGCGCCGCGGAGUCGGGCGCUGGGCCGCGGGAGGCGCCACAGCAGCUCCGGGAGCCUGGCUUGGGCGCCGGGCGGCGAGGCCGCGGCCGACCCCGGGGCCGCCCUGGAGCCCGCGGAGGCCCCCGCGCCGCCGGCCUCGGAGAAGCGCAACACCCUGGACGUGGGCGAGGUGCUCAGCAAGAACGACGCGCUCUCGGACCUGGAGCGCUGGGAGCGCAGCAAGAGCAAGAACCGCACGCUGGACAACAGCGACCUGCAGCGGCUGGAGCGCGCGCGGGCGGCGGCCGCGGGCCCUGGCGGCGCCUCGGAGCACCGGCUGCUGCGCUUCUUCAGCGGCAUCUUCGCGCGCAGGGAUGGCGGCGCGCCCGGCGGUCCCUCUCCCCGGAGCGGCGCCUCGCGGUCCCGCGGCUACUUCAGCCUGCGCAGGGCCCCAGCCGACGCGCACUCGUCCAGCGCCGAGAGCAUCGACGGGUCCCCGCGCAGAGGUGGGCAGCGCGGCCGGGGAGAUGCCUUUGUGAAUAGCCAGGAAUGGACAUUGAGUCGAUCUGUCCCGGAGCUCAAAGUGGGAAUCGUGGGUAACCUGGCCAGCGGAAAGUCGGCCCUGGUGCACCGGUAUCUGACCGGCACUUACGUCCAGGAGGAGUCUCCCGAAGAUAUGGACGCAGGUGGCAGAUUCAAGAAAGAAAUCGUUGUUGACGGACAGAGCUAUCUGCUGCUGAUUAGAGAUGAAGGGGGCCCCCCAGAGGCACAGUUUGCCAUGUGGGUGGACGCUGUUAUAUUUGUCUUCAGCUUAGAGGACGAGAUCAGCUUCCAGACCGUUUACCACUACUACAGUCGGAUGGCCACCUACCGGAACACGAGCGAGAUCCCUCUGGUUCUCGUGGGGACCCAGGAUGCCAUAAGUUCCACGAACCCGCGGGUCAUCGACGAUGCCAGGGCGCGGAAGCUGUCCAGCGACCUGAAGAGGUGCACGUACUACGAGACGUGCGCCACGUACGGGCUGAACGUGGAGCGCGUCUUCCAGGACGUUGCCCAGAAGAUUGUGGCCACAAGGAAGAAGCAGCAGCUGUCCAUAGGGCCCUGCAAGUCGCUGCCCAACUCCCCAAGCCACUCGUCUGUCUGUUCCGCACAGGUGUCCGCCGUGCACAUAAGCCAGACGAGUAACGGAGGCGGGAGCUUAAGCGACUAUUCCUCCUCCGUCCCGUCGACGCCGAGCACCAGCCAGAAGGAGCUUCGAAUCGACGUCCCUCCCACGGCCAACACGCCCACACCCGUCCGGAAGCAGUCCAAGCGCCGGUCCAACCUUUUCACCUCUCGGAAAGGGAGUGACCCAGACAAAGAGAAGAAAGGCCUGGAGGGCCGAGCAGACAGCAUCGGGAGCGGUCGAGCCAUCCCAAUUAAACAGGGCAUGCUGCUGAAGCGAAGCGGCAAAUCUUUGAACAAGGAGUGGAAGAAGAAAUACGUCACCCUGUGUGACAACGGCGUGCUGACCUAUCACCCAAGUUUACAUGAUUACAUGCAGAAUGUUCAUGGUAAAGAGAUUGAUCUUCUGAGAACCACUGUGAAAGUCCCAGGGAAGAGGCCACCCCGAGCCACGUCGGCCUGUGCGCCCAUCUCCAGCCCUAAAACCAAUGGCCUGUCCAAGGACAUGAGCAGUUUACACAUCUCCCCAAAUUCAGGGAAUGUCACUAGUGCGUCUGGGUCUCAGAUGGCAAGCGGCAUCAGCCUGGGCUCCUUCAGCAGCCGGCCGGACAGCAUGCAGCAACGCUCCUACUCUGUCUCCAGUGCCGACCAGUGGAGUGAGGCUACGGUCAUUGCAAACUCGGCCAUCAGCAGUGACACGGGGCUGGGCGACUCCGUGUGCUCCAGCCCAAGUAUCUCCAGCACCACCAGCCCCAAGCUCGACCCGCCCCCCUCCCCUCACGCCAACAGAAAGAAGCACCGAAGGAAGAAAAGUACCAGCAACUUCAAAGCCGAUGGUCUCUCCAGCACUGCUGAAGCCAAGCGCAAGGCAUGGAAACUAAACCGUGUUGGUAGCCUGCGAAAUAUAUACAGCAGCAGCGGCACCAACACCGAAGAACAAGAAGAAAACUUUGAGUUUAUCAUCGUGUCCCUCACUGGCCAGACGUGGCACUUUGAAGCCACCACUUAUGAAGAGCGAGAUGCGUGGGUCCAGGCCAUCGAGAGCCAGAUCCUAGCCAGCUUACAGUCCUGUGAGAGCAGCAAGAAUAAGUCCCGACUGACGAGCCAGAGUGAGGCCAUGGCCUUGCAGUCGAUACGAAACAUCCGAGGGAACUCCCACUGUGUGGACUGCGAGACCCAGAAUCCUAACUGGGCCAGUUUGAACCUGGGAGCCCUCAUGUGCAUCGAGUGCUCGGGGAUCCACCGGAACCUAGGCACCCACCUUUCUCGAGUCCGGUCUCUGGACCUCGACGACUGGCCCAUCGAGCUCAUCAAGGUGAUGUCAUCCAUUGGGAAUGAGUUGGCCAACAGCGUCUGGGAGGAGAGCAGCCAGGGGCGGACGAAGCCCUCGCUGGACUCCACAAGGGAAGACAAGGAGCGGUGGAUCCGGGCCAAGUACGAACAGAAGCUCUUCCUGGCCCCGCUGCCCUGCACGGAGCUGUCCCUGGGCCAGCACCUGCUGCGGGCCACCGCCGACGAGGACCUGCGGGCCGUCAUCCUGCUGCUGGCGCACGGCUCCCGGGACGAGGUGAACGAGACGUGUGGAGAGGGGGACGGCCGCACCGCGCUGCACCUGGCAUGCCGGAAGGGGAACGUGGUCCUGGCGCAGCUCCUGAUCUGGUACGGGGUGGACGUCAUGGCCCGCGACGCCCACGGGAACACGGCGCUGGCCUACGCCCGGCAGGCGUCCAGCCAGGAGUGCAUCGACGUCCUGCUGCAGUAUGGCUGUCCGGACGAGCGCUUCGUGCUCAUGGCCACCCCCAACCUGUCCAGGAAGAACAAUAAUCGCAACAACAGCAGCGGGCGGGUGCCCACCAUCAUCUGAGGACCGCCGGGCCCCCGCAGCCUCGCGCCCUCGCCCAGAAGUCACGACACGUGAGUCCCGUCGCGUCCCCACUUCUCCUGGCGGUCGGCCGCCCACCCGCCCUCACCCCGCGCGCAAUCACAAAAGCCUGACCGUCCUCACGGGGGCGCAGCGGAGGCCGCGAGGCUGCAGGACCGACUCCUUUUCCCCCCCCCGAACUCCCCCCCACCCCCCGCGACGAGCAGGGGCUGCCCGGGGGGGGAGGGGGCCUUGGUUUCUUGAUAGCACACCGCGAGGUCCCCCGGCCAGGCGGCCUGUGGACAUAGAGCACGGCACAAGGGACGGGACGAGAGGGGGAGGGGAGGCGAGGAGCAAGGAGAAGGGUAACUCUCCUUAACUGGCAGUUAAGCACAUCAGUACAUUUCACCUCUACCAAACGGAACACUCGGAUUUCAUCUCUUCUCCGAGGAGCUUGACGGCAUAAAUCAGAAGCAGGCAGAGUUUGUCAGGUUUGAAGCCCCUAUGAUGGUAUGUGUCAAAUCAGUUGUAGCUAAUCUGUCCGGGGAGAAUACUGGCUUCAUUACACUUGUAUAGUAGAGUUCUUCCAGCAUUACCGCUGUUUAAUAGAACAUGAUUAGUCAUCACCGAGAAAAAAGCAUAUUAGCCGAGGAGGUAGUUACACAGCACGCUCGGAUGCUUGCCACGAUGUGAUUGCAAUACUUCUUAGAAGCAUCAUAUCAUCUCAGACAUGUUCUUUCGAGCCCUUGGAGCCCUUCUUUCUAAAUUCACUGUCAUAAUUUAGUAUCUGUUUAAUUUUUCAGUCCAAAGAGAGGAAAUCAGUUGCUGAGUAUUAUUUGACUGCCGUCGCCCUCCUUGGUGCAAAAACAAAAUGGAAAAAAUAAAUAAGGGUAACUCGGAAAUUCAAAAGGAAAUCACGGAUCCAAGCUAAUAAUAACACUUCGAAUACACGUAGUAAACUAACCGAAGGCAUAAAAGGCUUUUUUUUUUUUUUUUGGCCCCAAACGGCAGAGAUCUUUUACUUCCUUUUGCCAAGAUGGAGGUCUUGGGUCUCAGUCACUCCUGGGCCACGCCAGAGUGUCACCCAGGCUUCUGUGUUAUGUCUUUAGAUAAGAUUGUGAAAAUCUAUUUGAAUAAAAGAAGUUCAUAAAUAUGCAUUGAUUUCUGUACAGACAAAUGUCACCUCUGUUAAUUUAUAAACUGAACUAGAUGUGAACUAAUAAUGUGCAACUAGUUGAGAUGAGAGGGUUACAGAUCAUUGUACAUGGAAAACACUCCCAGCAGCAAACACUUCCAUUAAUGUGAUAGACAGCUUUGAAAAAGGAACACAUCAGAAGAAGAUGGUAAUACAAUUUGCUUAUUAAAAUCGAGAAAGGGGGGAAAAAAAAAAAAGCCAGACACUGAAGCAUUUUAGAGAAGAGGAAGGCGGCAUGUGAUUUCUCAUCAUUUCGAUCUGAUGGCACUUCUGCCGACCCAGAGGAGGGGCCGCGGCAAAGCAGGGGGCGACUUUGCGAAUCCCAGACCCACGUGCUCUGCACAGGCAGGUCACGACCGGCCGCCCGCGGCUCUGCGUUACCUGCUGGCCGGCGAGGAUCGCUAAGGCUUCACUUGGCGGCCAGGCCCUCCGUUUGGGUUAUGAGCACGUCCCCCCUGGUCUGCCGUCACUGUGUGCCAUCGGGGCUGCUUUCAGAUGUUAGCCACCUUCAACGUGGCCAGAUUGUGACACCCUGGGUUAAAAAGGAAAGGGGCAGCUUUGCCUGGAGCGCUUUAGCAGUAUGUGGGAGGAGAGGGUCGUCCAAUGGGAAGGCGCCUCUGGGCUGCUGUAGCACAGAAACCAAGGCCACGCUAGGCCAGUGCCCCCCCCCCCCCUGCCCUGGGGAAGUCCCCUGCUCUCCUAUAUGAAACCUUCUAUUUUGUAAGAGUUUUCCCUCUUCUUUCACUUUAAAAAAAAAAAAAAACACAACUCAAGUAGGUGGGGAAAAAAUAAAGCUUUACACAGAAUUUAUAUGUGGGUCAGUGUUUCAUGGACAUUUGUAACCUUGCUUCCUCUGCGUGGAGCCCAGCGGGCUCCAGGAAUGAUAGGUUCAGAAGGCUGAGAGCCCUGACCACAGGUCCCUGCUCCUCCCCCUGGUUUUUAAUUCUGUGUUUCAUCACUGUGUAGUUAUUUUAAAUGUGAAUAGGGGAAAAAAAUGUCACUGCCUAUUUUUGAAGAACUCAUUACUGUUCUAUUCCACCUGGACACAUUCUCCCCCGCACAGCCUUUAGCGUAGACUUCACGUAGUGAACGCAGAUAUAGGAUAAAUGAAAUUCUUAAAUUAUUUCACUGUAGUUAAUUCCCACUAUAGGAACGCCCUAUCAUAUAGCAAAGCCUCGUUUUGAAAAGAAACAGAAUUCCUUGUAAGGCUUCGCUUUGAGAUGUAUAUGAGCGUGUACAUAUUAUUAUAUGUGUUUAUAAUAUAAUAUUUUCCCAAAUGACUCCUUUUUUCACUUAGCCUUUCACGACCUGAAUGCUAGACCGGGUUCCCCCCACCUCCCCCACCACACCCCUUCCCUCUCUCCGGCACGGGGACUUCAUUGAUUCCUCCUCAGAAAACCUGACCCUUCUGCUGUUUUUAGCCAUGCUUCGGGAGGCGGCCUGCUUUCCUGAGCCCGAGUUUUGGCAACAGAGGAAAGGCAGUGGUGGUUUUCAAGGGUUUUCCUCUAAAAUAAAGGUGACUGAUGGCUAAUCUGUUUAUAUUUCAGUGUCAGACCAGAAGGGCUUUCUUCGCCAACGAUGCUAUCAUUCCCAUCUUAGAGCCUUACGUAACACCAAGGCCAGGAAGCCAAAACCCAGGGCUAGUGUUAGAAAUAACCAAUUUGGGAAGGGGGUCGAGUUGUGUUCGUUGGUUCUCGUGGAAGUUCUGCGAAGUGACCGUGAGGACACCAAUGCAUAGUCCAGCCUCUUCUGUUCAGAAGUAAAACUUCCCUUACCGAGAAACCACGUGCUGGGGAAGACACGCACGCACGCGGUCGCGGGUUAGGGUAGCUUCACGAUCUGGCUGGAUUCCUUCUGUGCCCCAGAAACCCUGCAGAGAAAGGAGCCUUGAUUCUGACUCCGUGAGAGCAGAUCUCCGGUACUGGGCGGAAAGGUGGCUCGCCAAGCCCAGAGCCCCAGUCAUGGGGCCCCGGCCCCCGCCCGUCUCCUGUCAUCCUAGGAGAGGAGCGGCUCCAGGGUGAGCAGGUGACAGAUUCCCGAGUCUGUGGCCCCAUGAGCAGGUGCAGUUGUGGGUCUCCCAGUGAACGCACGCCGCGCGUAAUUAUCCCGGGAGGCAGGGGGUGCUCGCUGAUCACGCGGCAGUCGGGUGCUCUCGUUGGGUUACUCUUGACCAGGACCCUGAAAGGAGCCCAUUCUCUGCCCGUGAGCCCGGGCGGCAGCCCUUCCAGCACCACUGCCUUCUGAAGCUUUGUCUAGCCUGAUGGGGUCGCCUUGGACCCAGCCUCUGCCGUCUGGCCUAGGAACCGUUCUUUGCGGUGUUGUAACACCUGCACGCAUUCAGGGUCAUUCUCUACAUCCUCAAAGCAGCAGUCACUAACUUAUAGGGGAGAGCGUGGUCCAGUGAGAAAGACAGCCCUGGCUCUCCUGUCCCUCCUGUGUGGCCUUGGGCAGAGGCCCCCAGCUUUGGGGAUCUUUUUCCUCAUCUGUGAAACCGGGGUGGCCUCGCGGGGUCUGAUGACCGGUCGGUUGCCAACCAAUGUGAUAAAAGUCAGCCAGACACCCAGCCAGAGGCUGGAUGCUCAGGAAAUGGGAUUGUUCAUUUAGAACAGAAAUGCCGAGAGCAGAAAGCCAGAACCCAGGCCUGGAAAGCUGCCCCCAGGCUGGCGGUGCGUCCCCCAGCCAGGGCCCUAGGGAGUCGGUGACAGCCCCCCCUUCCCGUCUGAGCCUCUGGGCCUCCCCUCUGCAGGGCCAGUCAGUGCCCUUCCCCACCCCUGCAUGCUGGGAGCGGUGUCAGAGGAGGGGCCUCGCUGGAGCGGCCGUCCCUUUCAGGGCUGGCAUCGGGCUCGGCUUGUCUAGUCCCUGCAUUUGGGGAACAUGUCUUCCCCGUCAAGGGUGGCCACUGGGUCCUGCCCGGCCCCCAGCCCGAGCUGUGCUCGAGGAUGACCUGGGUCACCGCGGCUCCAGCUCUGCCCACCCUUCCUCCUCGCAUUUAGAAUGUUCCGGAAAUAAGUCCACAUUCCCGCCUAGGGAGGUUCAGAAGCCUUGCAACAAUAUAGAGCCUCUAAGAGUAAGUAUGGUCAGGCCUCAAAAACUUCUCAAAAGGCAAAGAUAAUUGGAAAGCAAAUCCAUUACCCCUCGAUAGGCCCUUCCCCCCUCCCCCCUCUGCGCUAUUUCCAUCCCUCACGCGCCCCACAAGGUCGGCCUGACUUUCUAGAACUCCCCUGGAUUGUAUUUAUGUCCUUCAAGCAAACAAAUUGAAAAGCAGUCAGGAAGGAAUUCGAAUAGAAAUGUGCUGAAGAAUCACAUCUUUCUUUCCCGGGAAAUAUAAUUUAUUUCUCACUGGCCUCCUCAAAUGGGGGUUUCACACCUUGUGACGUCCUGUCUUCAAGUGAUUCUCACCCCCAUCCUUCACCAAAAAGCUAAAUAAGGGCCUUUGGCAUCCAGACUGGGAUUUUUCACUUCGGGCCAUUAUCGACACAUUUCCUGCUUGAAUUCCCAAGUGGCUUUCUUCUGGAAGCCCUGUGGUCAGUGAGCCCUCGGUGUGGGCCCCCACCCGCUCCGUGCCCUACACCCUGAUGGCUCUGUCAUCGUUCAGGCAUCGAAAUCAGGUUGCCUUUCAGUCAGAAUAUUCAAAAUUGAAUUGAAUAUUCAAAAUAUCCAACUCCAGUUACGCAGAGGAGAGAAGGUGGGGGGCGGGUUAGAUGGAAACAGACUUUUAUUUCCAUCGUUGCCGGGAAGUUGUCCCUGGAACCCAGAAUGGCCAGGCCCCUCGCGAGGAGAGAAAAACAGUGCCACUCAGGGUCAGCACGCCCCCACUGACCCCUCACCUCUCCUUUCGUGAGGAAGAGAGGACAGGUAACAGCGUAGAAUUCAUAUUUCAAAAACACCCUUGGAGGAGAAGGGCUGUCCUUACAUAGAUUUUUUUUUAAACAAUAUUAACGGACUUCCUGUUUAAUGUUGGAUGUCUGCUGCUUUUUAAACAUACAUUGGCACUUCUUUCCAGUUCCGGUUUUUCGGUUUGGGCCAGAGUGGCAAUUAGAGGACGAAUUCAUCAGCCAUCAGCACGGGAUUCUGCAAAACCAGAGAGUCUGUUUUUUAGUCUGUGAUCUUCAAAACGCCCAAGUUCUAGAAGGAGUUGGGUUUCACCAGGGUAGGAAGCACCGUCCCAAAGCAAUGAGUCAGGACCGCAGAUUUGAAAACCGCUCUCACCGCGUUUCACUAAUGAGGCCCUCGUUUUGUUCUCAUGUGACGGCCUUUGGUUCUGGGGCUUGCAUUUGGUUCUGGGGCUUGCACCCGGUUGGUAAAAAUGCCCUUCUCCGAGGCCUUCCCGUCCAAAGGGCCUGAGGUGCCCGGGGUACGUGCAGGGCAAGCCACCUUGGUCAGCGUGCGAGGGGUCAGCUCAGGGCUUGUGUUUUAUUUUGGCCUGGUGCGUGUGGCUUCUGUAGAGAAGGUCCUCCGAGGGUCACGUUGGAGCUGUAUGCUAGAGACUCGCCUGUCAAAGUCGAGUUAGGUCCCCUCUAGAAUAUUCCCUGGCGGCAGGGAUAUCCUGUCUUCUGUUUUGAGACGCGGGUAAAAGAAAGGAACCACACAGAUGUGAGAGCUUUGGGGAAUUUUCCAAAUGGAACAGCCCGGUGUUGGGAGCGCUUGCCCCUAAAUCAGAGUCUGCCCUGACCUCCCCGUACCUCCCCAGAUGGUGUCAACACUGGCCUGGGAAGCUAAUAUCUGAGCUGGCCCAAACUCAUGUGAAGAAGAUGGGGCCCCGACCCCAGAAGCCCACGCAGUUAGGGAUUCCUCGUGUAAGAUGGCCAGUGUCCGGGCUGGAUGAAGGACGUCCCGGGGCUUUCCAGCUCUGGCCUAGCACCUGGAUGUUGGAAGCCUGAGUGGGCAGCCCAGCCGAUGUCCCCUGCACCCUGCUCUGCACCUGACAUGCCGCUGAGUGGCCUGGGGGACAUGUGCAUCCUGCCCGGUCCCUUGGAGGGUCAGGGGACAGUGGGGACCAAGGGUGCAUGGGCCAGAGCCGGGAGUUAGCUCACUGACCACUCUCAGGAACACAGCCCGCCUUCCAGCCCCGCCCCCGGGUGCCCAGGCAGAUCUGAGAGAGGGCUGGGUUGUCACACGGCUCAUGGGCAGCAGAUAUGCUUAGAAACCGCUUUGCGGCCGUUCGCACAUCUCGAGGUUAGAAAUCACGUCUUCUCCGACCCUUGAAAAGAUCGCGGUUCCCCCUCUGGCAGCUGUCCUUUUGUCUAAAAUCUGUCGAAUUCUUGAGGUGGCACCCCUGCCCCGUUCUGAGCACCCGCGUGCUGGGGAGGAUGCUGCGUGCACUUGACCAAGGGCACUCCGCAAAGCCUUGGGAGGCCUGGGCCGGCUGCCCCGGGAAGGGCUGGAGGGGUGGGCCACGCCAGCCACGGGCACGGGCACGGCCACGUGGGUUCCAGGAGAGCUUCCUGCCCCAGACAGUCCCCUCCUCUCCUGCCCAUGACCUUGAAUGGGGUUCUCGUGUGGCCACGGGUGUGUUUCUGAACGGGAGCCUGGGCGGGUCAACGGUGGCAGCCAGGAGGCAUUUCUAGGAGGGAACAGGGAAGGCCGGGUCCCUGCCCACCUCCCAGCACGUCUUGUCUCUGUAAAUAGCGAUGUAUAGAAGACGGAAGAGCGGCCCAGGGUUUAUCCAGAGACGGCUUUGGUUUCUUCGGGUUUUUUUUUCCUUUUUUGGGUUGUUUUUCUAUUACCUCAUUCAGCAAGUUUGUUUCACAAGGACUCAAUGACGCUUUAUUUAUAUUGUUUGUACUGUAAUUAAAACCAUUGACAGACAUUUCACUUUGCUUGUUAUUUCUUACGAUUUUGUUUUGAUUAAAUAUGCCAGUUUGUAUUUUCCUGCAUUGGGAUUUUUUGUGUCGGCUGUACAGUAUUCUAAGGGGGAAAAAAAAGAAAGAGAAAAAUGUGUAAAGUAAUGGAGAGAGGUGGCUAUAGUGUAGAGGCCUCUUUCUAAUAAAGAAAUGAAAAUAUGUCUA